AUGGUAACUGGGCCCCUGCAGACCCAGGUCGAACUGUUGGGGAUCUCGGAGCAGCAGUGGGCCCCAGAGGUGCGGUGUUCAGGCCCACCAUGGGGUGGACACGUCCUGACACCAGCCAACCACUGCCCCAACUAUGGAGAAGACCUGGGGGAACCUCCCACCAAAACUGAGGUUGUUAAUGCCAUUAGGAGCCUAAAGAACAACAAGGCUGCUGGUCCUGAUAGGAUCCCCACAGAAAUCGUAAAGGAAGGAGGAACAAAGCUCUGGCACCACAUACAUCAGCUGCUUCUUAAGGUCUGGGAAAGAGAGGAACUCCCUUCAGAGCUCCAGGAUGCCCAGAUUGUCACCAUAUUCAAGAAAGGGGACAAAGCUGAAUGUGGAAACUACAGGGGCAUCUCACUCCUGUCAACAACAGGCAAAGUCCUUGCUCGUGUCCUUGCCUCCCGCCUGCUUCCACUGUCUGAGGAUUUACUCCCAGAAUCACAAUGUGGUUUCCGCCCAUCCAGAGGAACAAUAGACAUAAUCUUCACCGCCCGUCAGCUACAAGAAAAAUGCCGUGAACAAAAGCUGCCUCUGUACAUGGCCUUCAUAGAUCUGACGAAGGCCUUUGACUCUGUUGGCCGUCAGGCUCUAUGGAGCAUACUUUCAAGGUUUGGAUACCAUGAUAAAUACAUCUGUAUACUAAGGCUUUUGCACGAUGGCAUGUCAGCCACUGUGCUCAGCAAUGGUGGUUCUACAUCUGAGCCUUUCUCGGUAAAGACAGGAGUUAAACAGGGCUGCAUCAUUGCACCCAAUCUGUUUGCCAUCUUCAUUGCAGCCAUACUCCACCUUAUUGGCCAAGAACUGCCACAGGGAAUCCCGAUCCUCUAUAGAACAGAUGGUAGGCUGUUCAACCUUAACAGGUUCAAAGCCAAGAGUAAAAUCAGAAACACCACUAUUAUGGAGCUUCAAUAUGCAGAUGAUAAUGCCAUUGUAUCACACUCCCCAGAAGAACUCCAGGGCAUUCUGAAUGCCUUUGCUCAUACAGUGCCCUGGGUCUGGCCUUAA